CAGAACAAUGCAUUUAGAAUACAAUAAAAACUGGACGUUUGGAGAACGUGAAUAAUUCUAUCAUCUCCCAUGUCGAUUCCAGCUACCAAUUCCCCCGCUUGAAACAUGGAAAUUUCUCGAUGCCACGUACUUGCAGAUCACAGAACAUUCCACUGGCAGGAGUACGCCGUCAGUAACAGUUCAAUCCACAGAAUCGCGAACUACACGGAGCUAAAGAGGAUAGACUAAAAUAGAGGCUCAGUCCUGGGGUUUUGAGUAAGGUAUGACUCAAUAGCAUCGGUAAAAUUGAACCACCUUUCUGAUUAAUGAUUUUUUUCUAGCUACUUAAACUUUGUUUUUUAUCGGCGAGUUUUCCCAAUAGUUUUUUAUGUUUGCACAGUUUUGAUUUCUCGUAACUUUUCAAAGGAUUAUUUCAGUGUAACAAAUUUAAAGCAUACGUGCAAAUGCAGCGAAUUAAAUUUUUAUUAGCGUGUUGUAUUAUUACUCGUCGUAGCCUGGGUGGUGCAUGGAUGAGAGCGUGUAAUAAGGCUGUAUUCUAUUCUCCAAGCGACUUGCGAACAGCGCCGCCUUCAGAACGACUUCUCGUUGCCAUCACACAUGAACGACUGGUACACUCCGUGAUGCCCCUCGUCCUUUUAUAUUGCGAUCCUUCCGCGGAAUAUAAACAUAAUGAUGGGGAUCACUGGGGAAUACAUUAGUACGAAACCUACAGUUUUCAGGAGUCGAUUGUUUCAAUUCUAGCAACAAAUAGCCAUGAGCUGGCAAAGUUGCAUCAAAAUAGGCUUCUUGCAGAAAUUUUGGAUCUUCUGGAUAUAUUUGACGAGCCAAAUGGGCAAUUUGUGCACGAUCCCUGGGAUUUUCAACUACGACGAUGUAAUUUGUAUUCAGUGAAAUGUCUCUCUGUCCUUUUCCUUGGUGGAAUAAAUUUUGAGAUAUAAACAUUACACUGAGAUUUUUAUGAUGACUUCCUUUUGUAAAUAAAUCAACUAUUGCACCAUGCGAGGAUUCCCGCAUCAAAUCGUCCUCGACAAUCAAUUUUGGCUGAUUAUCAUCAAAAUCUCCAGAUCUUGGUAGGCCUUCACGAAAUUCGACAAAAGUAUUAUCAUAAUCCGAAUAUCCAUUCUGCCACUCAGCGUAAUAAAAGAUCACUUUUUCAAUUUUUUGUGUAUCGCACAUUUGCUUAAUUUCCCUCAAAAACCUUUUAAGAAAAAAUGUUUUUCCACAACCCGUGGGGCCGCAAAUCAUUGGAGUAAAGGGAUGUUUCCACCUCGUGUCCAUAUUGAGUUCUGAUUAAUUAUGCCCAAAAUCUCAUCAUUUUAUACAAUUUUACGAUAUCAGAAAAUAUCAUGGAUUUGGAAAUGCUAGAGGGGGAGUGGCGUAAUGCACCUGUAUUGGGGUUCAUGCCUAUGGCUAGGGCGAGAACAAUGCGCGUAGGCGGGGAUGUGCAGUAGCCCCCCUGCGGCGCCAAUAGUAAAAUCCCUGACUUUAGCCUGAAUUUUCUCGCACAAGCUGCAGUCGUCUAAUGACCAUUCACAAUUGCGGACCCAAGCGAUUUAGCGGGGCCCAGUAGUCCUUCCGAAGGAAAUACUCCACCUCCACAGGGUGACUUUGAUUGGAUAAAUAAUUUUGAUCUUGAGUUAUUCGGUGAUUUUGCCACUGAAAAUAAUUUUGAUAAAGAUUUAUUCGAAAAUUUCAAUUCUGAGCUCUUUGAUAUUCAAUGUGGUGGUGGUGAAAAUGUGAUGAGUGUUCCUAAGGCUUUGGAAUCUGUUGAAGAGUUUAAUCUAGAUUUACUAGAUCAACAGAAUUGUAAGUAUCUAGCUUCAUACCGCCUAUAAUACCGAGAACAAAUUUUAGGCAUAUUUUUUUUCUCGAAAAAUACUACACUUAAUUUCAGAUCAACAAACUGGCCGCGAAGAAGAGAUUGAAAAUCUAUCGCCGGGCUUAAGAGCAAUACGACGAUCACGCCAGAGACUUCCACGUUUCAAACUCGACACACAUGUGAUGGAGUUUGCAAUCAACCCUUGACCUGAAAGUCGUGACCCUGCCGACUGGGUUGAAGAAGCUUUUCGUGAUGUCUAUAAUAAAAUUAUUGAGGCUGGAGGACGUGGUAUGAAUCGAAUGUGCCUUACAUUCAAUUUUGCAAAUAUGCAAAGAGACAAUGCCUGGAUAAGUCCACGUGCGAUCAACGGAUAUGAGUUUCACGAUCUAUGGAAUCUUGUCAGCUCUAUCGCGCAGAGCGCAAACCGUUUCGGAUGUGCCGAUACGUUUUGGAUCAAACUUCACGUGGCUGAAGCCCCGGUAGGUCAAGGUUUUCUUGAAGACGACAUGAAAAGAAGGCUUAGUAGAAAAUGUAUCCUUCAUAUUUCGAAUGAAGAUGGCUUGUGUCUAGCCCGAUCACUUGUUGUGGCCAAAGCACAUGCCAAAAAAUUGAAAACCAGAGCGGAUAAGGGCAAGAUACACGAGGUAUGGCAAGCCAUACGACAAUGCAAGGGAAGAAUGGAGCGUGAAGAGGCCAAAAGACGAACUCAAAGAUAACCACUAUGAGCCAAUCCAAAAUUUACCUUCAUUCUUUGGCGUGAAGUAUUAUUGUGAGCAUUGUAACAAACCUUACACUCCGCAAGGACAUGUUUCUGAUAAGACUAAAAUAGUGUGUGACGAUUGUAAUCGAGAAUUUCACGGUCAAUUGUACUUCGAACAACAUAAGAAGCCAGGAUCUUUCAGCGGAAAUAAUCCCACCGUCUGUGACCACAUAAAAUUGUGUAGACAAUGUAAUGCGAAAAUUGAUUAUCGCAAAACUCAGAAUCAUGUGUGUCAUAGAUAUUAUUGCAAUGUAUGUCAAAAGGACGAAGAUAUUUCUCAUGUCUGCUAUAUGCCUACCUUAAAGAGCAAGAAAAAAUUGACUUUGAAACGCGUGGCGUUUGUUUUCUACGACACUGAAACCAGACAGAAUAAGCUGCGGCGAGGACCUACUGACGUGAACGUACACGUUCCUAAUCUUUGCGUUGCACAAACUGUGUGUGAUCGCUGUGCAGAUAUGAACGACGAUGACAUUGUGAACGCCAACGAUAAUCACGGAAAUCCAUGUGGCGUUUGUAAACAUCGGGAAAAUGUUUUCGAUGGUGACGAUCCUGUGCGAGGAUUUGUUGAUUACAUCACGUCGAUGGAUGCAAACGCCUUUUUCCAGUUCCUUCGGACGAGUUCUGACGGUUCGUCUUCCUCUUUUAACUUGUUAUUAAUGAAAAAAAAGAAGGAAGUAGAUAUCAAAAGACAAUUCGAGGUGAGCAGAGAAAACCAGAAAAAUGGAAGACGAGAUAGUUUAUCGUGCUCAGAUCGUCGAUACGGAUCAUAAUUUUGAGGAGGAAAUCUGGUUUUGGAGUCGUUUGCCGAAUGGGACUAAUCGCGUAGUUUGUGAGCGGAAGAUUAUGGACAGAGAGAGACCUGUGAACAGAAAUAUUCCUCCCACCCCACCAAUAGUAAAUUAAACAAAUGCAUCGAAUGGAAUAGGAAAUGGUUCUCAUGACAAUGCCGCGAAAAAAAAACAGAAAGAAAUAGACGAAAGGGGAGAGUUGGCGUACGCAGACGAAGAUCGAAGCGAAUAAUCAUGAGAUCAAAAUAUUAUUAGUCUUCUACGACAGAUGGGAAUUCUGAAUUGCAAACGAGAUACUGAAAGGGUCAAAGAGUUGGAAAAAAAAUCAAAUGUAUAAUGAAAAAUAACAAAUAAAUAAUUAUGAUUAUUUUUCCCAUCCAAAUCUUGGCCAAUAGGAUUGCACCAUUCGACGUUAUUUUAUAUAGUCAACACGGUAUUUCAGCGGAAAUUCUUGGAAAUUUCACUGGAAAUUUUGCAUGUUGAUAUAUAUAAAAAAAAACAAAUGUUGAAGUAACCCUCAAUUGUAUCUGACAGAUUAAAUGGCAAUUCGUUGAAAAUUAUGUCUCAUGGUGCAAUUCUAUCGGUCAAGAUUUGGAUGCAAAAAAUAAUCCCCCGAAUACCACUCGAACUUCGAAAUUAUCUGAUAUUUCCCUCAAGGUUCCCCACAAACAAAUAAGCUUGUCAAGUUUUCCAGAAAAAUCACUCGCGCUUCGCGUUCGUGAUUUUUAGACUGGAAAACUUGACACGUUCAUUUGUUUGCAACGAACCUAUCGGGAAAUAUCCGAUAAUUUCGGAGCUCUUGUGGUAUUAUAUGCGAUAAUUUUUUUCAUCCCAAUUUCAACCAAUCAAAUGGUGGCAUUUCCCGUCACGUGGUACAAGUAAGAGAGUUUUACUUCGGAUAUUUUUCGGAUAUUUCCCUGUUUGUUGCUAAGCAAUGAAAAUAUCCGACAAACAAUUUGUACGCGUUUCAAACCCCAAAACUGUCAUUAGAAAAAAUCAAGUUCAAAGACUUUACCUCGACAUGAGCAGAUUUAGAGGAGAAUCCUUGGAGAUUAUUGAUCAAAAAAUUGAAAAUAAUGUUCCUAAUAAUACAGUGAAGACAAAAGCCACAAUUUGGAAACAAUCCUCUGCAUUUUGUGCAGACAGAAAAUAUACGUUGGAGAAGCCACAACUACGAGUGAAAAACCAUACUAUAUGACGUAAAAUGCCACAUAUUUAAUUGGUUGAAAUUGGAAUGAAAAAAAUAAUCCAGCCAAAUACCCCUCGACCUUCAAAAUUAAUCGGAUAUUUCCCUCCAGUUUCCCUGCGUAGCACCGAUCGGGAUAAGAUUCGCAGACAAACCCUCGCGCUUCGCGCUCGGGUUUUUUAACCUGCGAACCUUAUCCCUCUCAUUUCUAGCUAUGCGUGUUGACGAUAAUCUUAGAUGUUUGCUAGAAAAGAAAUGAAAGCUCAAGCUACGGUUUUUUGGAAAUUAAAAAAAAUAGACAAAGAAAUCAUUGGUAAUAGAGAAUAAAGUAAUGGAGUAACAGUAAAAUGUAUUUGAAUUCAAUUGACUCAUCAGUCUUUCAUGAUUCAAGGUUUUUGUUUACAAGAGAAUUUUGUAUAACACCUACCUCAAGUAUCAGGGCAUUCUGUGUUUGUAAGGCUUACCCAAGGUUAAAUUAUCUCAUUGAUCUAGGAGCGAAUAAUAACAAGUAUAAAAAUAAUGCAAUGAGCAAUCGAGAAAUUAUUUAUUAUACUAAAAACACAAAGAAUAUUGAAUGAGCAAGGGUUUAUUAUAACAACAACAAGUCAAGAGUAUUU